GUUUUUUUUUUAUUAUUAUCUUUUUUUAACAAAUCCUUUCCCUUCCCUUUUUUAUCGACUUAUUUGACAUAAGUUACUUAUUUAUUUAAUUAAAACAAUGGUUAAAAGCGCAUUUAUUCUCUUUGCUAUCUCCUGCUUAACUGCAAUCUCUACUGCUGCUCCUGUAGACACUAAAACUUCUGCUUUAGUCCCCAAUGGCAACUAUAUUAUUCAAUUAAACAAGGAAACUUGUAUCAAGCACUUCGUCCCUAAAUUCAUGGAUGGUGUAUUGGAUCUCUUCACUAAGCACCAUAAUUUAACCAAUGUCGAAAAGAGAGGUAAUCGUAUUGUUCGUCGUGACACUGGUGAUGAACAAGUCAAUAUCUUUGAUGCCUACGACAUCGGAGGUUCCUUCAAGGGUAUUGGUGUCAAGCUUGAACAUGUUGACCUUGUUAAGAGUUUGUUAUCUGUAUUCAACCAAGAUAUCAUUAAUAUUGUACCUGACAUGGAUGUCAAGUUUAAUUUGCCCAGUAUGAAGGCUUCAUCCUCAAAGCGUCUUGAUAGAAGAGAGGCUCUUACUCGUGUUGGUAAUUUUAAUUAUGAUCAUUAUGAUCAUGAUGAGAACUGUCCUUUAGGUACUAAGAAGAAGGUUGCUCCUAUCUCUGCUGCUAAGCCUAACGCUAAUGUCACUGCUUCCGCUACCUAUUCUUCUCAAUCCAAUCCUGAAUGGAAUUUGGCUCGUGUCUCCCAACAUACUCGUGACUAUACUAAACCCUACGUUUAUGAUUCAACUGCUGGCUCUGGAAGCUAUGUUUACGUUGUUGAUGAUGGUAUGCAUACUACUCACACUGAUUUUGGAAACCGUGCUACUUGGGGUUAUACCGCUUAUAGUGGUAUUUCACGUCUCGGUGGAGGUCAUGGUACACACGUCUCUGGUAUCAUUGGUGGCACUACCUAUGGUGUCGCUAAGAAGACCAACUUGAUCGCUGUUCAAGUCUUGGAUGAAGAUGGUAGUGGUGCCAUUUCCGCCAUCUUAUCUGGUCUUCAAUGGGUUACUAACAAUGCUGCCGCUCGUAAGGGUAAGGCUGUUAUCAACAUGUCUCUUGGUAUGGAAACCGAUGGAAACUUUACCGGUGUCUUGAAGACCUUUACUGAUGCUCUCUCUGCUGUUGUUGAUGCUGGUAUCCCCAUUAUCGCUGCUGCUGGUAACUCUAAUACGGAUACUUGUAAAACUUUGCCUGCUGGUAACAGUGAUGUCUUUGCUGUUGCUUCCUCUAACAAGAAUGAUUACUUGUCAACUUUCAGUUGUUGGGGAACCUGUGUUCAAAUCAUCGCCCCCGGUGAGAGUAUCAAGAGUACUUACAUUAGCUCUACUACCUCUACUACCACUAUGUCUGGUACCUCUAUGGCCUCUCCUCAUGUUGCUGGUGUCGCUGCCUUGUUGUUGCCUACCCUCUCUAACCCUACCCCUGCCAAUCUUUACGCUAAACUUACUUCAAUUGCUACCAAGAACGCUAUCACUUCUGCUCUCAAGGGCACCCCUAACCUCUUGUUGUUCAAUGGUCAACAAUUAAACUCUGAUUAAAUUCUACCUUUCCCUCUCUUAUUUUGAUAUGCUAGUGUAACAUAAAAUGCUGUACGACUAUUAAUAUCUUUUCUAAUAAAUAAAUCAGCAACAUACAUUGAGUGUUGCUUGUUUAAUUUAUUUUCCU